UUAUUACUCAUAUUUGUCUUGCAUAUUUUACAAAAUGAAAAGUAUUCGAAUUCCUUUUCACGAACAGAAAAUUUGAAUUCAGAUUUAAAUUGUUCAAGUUUCAUCUGAUCUCAAUUUGUGGUACGAAACGAAAGUUCAUUGAACCACUAAUAGGAUCUGUGAUUUCAGUUUUCAGAAUAACGGAGUUGGUUAAAAAUAUGUGUAAUUUUUGCGAAUAACGUAACUUUUUUAUAUUAGCAAGAGUAAUUUCAUUUUUAUAUAACAUCCCGCGAAAAUUUCGUUAACUUUUAUUACCAUGCCGAAAAAGGAGAAAAAUUUUGUUAAUCACGUAUGCAGAUUAGUUUUAAUUUUCGACGUAAUGUGAAAUUGCAGUUGCAUAGAAACGGUGAAUGUUGCAUUGCAUUGAUAUCGAUAAAAAUCACGCGUAUCCGGGUUUAACAAUUUUUAAAAACUACGCGCCACGGGUGAACGAGUGGAAAAUAAAGAAAGAACGCAUUCACGGAGUGAAUCAGUGUCAGAUACGCUACAACUGACGUGAUGUUAUUAGUACAUACCGAUGAGACAAUGGCGCGUGUUAAAUUAUUCAUGAGGUCAUUGUUGCAUCGUAACGCAGAUUCAAACGUCGAGCAAUUUGAGGUGUGAUGAAACCGCUGCGUUUGACUCGACGAAAUUCGAUCGAAAUUGCCAGUAAAUUCUACCACGUUGAUUAAAUUUCAUUCACCUGAUCUCGUGAAAAAGGAAGAAAUUAAUUAUACCAGAAUUAAAGUUAUGUUAUGUGGGAUAUAAGUAUCUCGUGAGAAGAAUUUCGUAAUGAAAUUAUAUCUCGAAGAACCGUACAGAAAUUACAUAUACUACACGUACAUACUCGCAACUACCUUUCUCUCAUCGUUCCCCUCUCUCCUCUUUUUUUAUCCUAACAAGAUGGUUGUCCUCUAGUCUAGUCAAACGGAUCUCAUUGAAUCACGAUAAGAGAAACCUUAAGCCAUGUAUUAUUCGUCUAUUUUCAUUCGAUCGAAUUAAGGAUCAAAGUUUCGGAUAAAAUUGAGCGUAUUUUAUGGCUAUUCCUGUCAUGCUACCAUGAAGUAUUUUACGCCGUAUAAUCAAGAAAACAUGUGUUUAUCGCUCGAGGAUAAAGUAUAAGUACUGAAACUUCCUUAAGCAUCCUUCCACUGCAAUAUAUUUAUGCUAAUUUAUAUAUGUAAAUUUUACGUAAGCUACUUGAGAAAAACUAGCCCCAAUUAUAGAUAUUUUUCAAACGUGCCUAUAAAUUAAGAAUAAAAAUAAAUGGAUUGUCAUGUGAAUCAGUCGAUGGCCGUAAUUUCAUUAUCUAUGUACAAAGUCAUGUUACGCGAGUUGCUAGUGAACAGGACAAGAAACACUGGCCGGUUGUCGGAGAUGGUGGGGGGAUGGUUACGUGUCCUAGUUUCGCGGACUACGGUGGACCACGAUGCAUCUUUGUCCGAUGCCCCGAAGCAAAUGGCUGGUAUAUGUCGAAAGAGUUACGUCAGGCGGGAAGAAAAAUCCGCGAACCGGACCGGUUGUAACGACGAGUCAAUCUGUUGGAGAGGAAAAAAAUUCCAAGAUAUCGUGCGCGAGAUAGAAUCGCGUUACGUUCAGAAAGACAUACCGAAGAUAGCUAUCUCGAACCCUGUUCGAUGUGUACGUCAGUAAAAAGAGAAAUUCUUCUGGCAGAAAGAACGGGUUACUGAGAAAAUACCGUACGGACACGCAAUUACGUGCGCGUGAAAUUCGACGAACGAUAAUUAAAAGAUAUUUCAUUUUUUUCUACUAUUUUGAUAUUAUAUUCUAUCUACAUUUUUAAUGUAGCGUAUUUAUGCUUAAUAAUUCCUAUGAUUUAUUCUAAUUUACUAUAGCUAUUAGGGUUUUUUAAAAAUUUUGUUUUUGAACAUUAUUAUUGAAUAUCUGUCAGAACGUAAUCUCUGCACUUUCUCCUUUGCUCUGAUUAUUUUGUCUAUAAACACGGUUAAGGUAUGUGCAAGAAGAACAUCUGCCAUUUAUUCCUCUCUAAAGUUGUCUAUAUACACUCUGGUGCUGUUCGGUUAAUGAAAGUGUUAAAAAAGGAACGAGAGAAAGUAGAAUGAAAAUAUCGAGGCGAUGUUUUUCUCUAACCAUUUCGUCUCCAACUUGUACAUUUUAUCUCUUUCUUUUCCUUUUUUAUUUUUAUGUUUGCGAAGAAACGAUCGAAAACAAUGUCUCAAUACGAAGCAGCGCUGGGCAUUGUCACAAUAGAAUUACACUCUGAUCCGUUCCAUCUCAUGCAAGACUGUCACGACCAGACAGAUUCGGAUCGUCGGCGACUCUCUCUUUGUUAAGUCUUUCUCUAUUUUUCUCUGCUUUUCGUUUGUUCCUUUCCUACGAGCGAUGAUAUUUCACACGAGGCUAUGUAUACGUAGUCAUGUAGCUGCAUCAACGACACGGUCUAACGGCAUUCAGUCGACCUCAUCAUCCCGCUUCUCCACAUUCAGUCGCACACAUUCUUGCAUUUUUCUUUGCUCUUAUAUUACUUUUACCAAUUUCUGCUUCUUUUCUCUCCGUUCCAUCCGCAUUCCCUUUGUUCUCUCGCUUUUUUGCCACUUUUCGCUCUUCUUUCCUGUCAGCUUUUCUCUGAUCGUCCCUUUCUCUCCCUUUUUCUCCCAAAGUUCGCUAUUUUCCUCUCAUAUCCGCGAUCCCUUCGUCCGCUCCGUCUAUUUUCUCUUUGUACGCUUGGUUCUUCCAUAUUUCUGCCCGCGACAGAAACUAAGGGCAUCCAUUAAACCUGACUGGUCUUUCAAUAACGGAGAUUAAUUUCGAUUGUUUCAUCUUCUCGGUCACGUGGUUAAUCACCUGAAGUCUCUCCAGCGAUGUACCGACGUAUUGUCCAAUUAGUGCGUUUAAAGACCGAUUGGCGACGCGCAAGUAGACCCACACUAGAUUUCAGGGCGGCAAAUGUCUGUUAAGGAAUUUAUUACUUGUGUUCUUGCAAACCGCAAAUGACAUUUAUGCCAUAUUCUGUGACAUUAAUGCUUACGCAAAUUAUUACUAUGUAUACAGAAGCGCUAGAUGCAUUUAAUAAUUACAAUCCUAAAUAUCUUAGGACCGAAGCCACAUUAAGGAUAUUUAUGAAAAUUUAUAUUUUUGUGAAAACGAGCAAAACAGUAAGCAAAAAUUUAUUUGACGUACCGAGUAUUAUGGCAAGUGCUUUGUUUUGGAUACUGUAUGUAUGUAGCGUGUAUGUUCUAUGCAUUUUUACAUCUUCAAAUUUCCUAUGAAUUUGUUUAUUUUAUUUGUGAUAUAACGGAAGGAAGACAUACUAGAAGGAUGCAUUAAUCGUUACGUAAUUACGUUUUUCCGUCGAUGAAAAGGAAAACGUCCAGCGAAGUAUUCAUUUAUCCUUGUUAAUAUGUCUCCUAUUACCCGCUCUUAAGAUAGAUUCUGCGGGUCGUUAUCGUUUUUCAUUAACAUAACAGGUACAUAUUAAUGUCAGCGAUGUCGCUUCAAGGUUCCGAUUACGAAAAUCACCGUGGCCAACGAUCAUCGAGACCAGUUUCAACGUAACUUGUUCUCCUUUACAGCUGUGAAAACACCGUUUGGUUAUCCACGGAUUCUCCACAAAUUUAUCUGCAUCUUUCGUUGUUUAGUCUCGUGCAGACAAUCAAUAUGACAUUGUUAUGAUUUAUAUGUCGAUAGGCUAUGAAUUUUUUAGUUUGAUUAUUAAAGAUUUUCUGCUUUAAAGAUUCGCAAUUUUUAUUUAAAAAAUGCUAAAAAGAGAAAGGUUUAUGCUGUAUCAGUAUUACCUCACAAACACAGAGAUGAUAUGAAUUUCGGAAGGAAAGUCGCUGCCGUGUCAGAUUACGCGUUUGACAGUUUUAAGAGGGAAAUUUUCUGUGAUGGGAACAACAUAAAGCAGUUAGAAAGUUUUUCACACAUCUUUUGUUAAAAAAAUAUUAGAAUAUUAAAAAUUCCUUAUGACUACUUCGCUUGGAAUUUUUCUACUAUUUUGAUAACUGUAUUCUUGGUAGUUAAAUUCGAAUUUGCAUCCGAAAAUUUGAAUGUGAAUUUAAAUUUAGGAUAAUCGUAUGCUCUACUCUAUUUCGUAGGUAGAGCUUGUCGCUCUAAAUGGUAGAUGGCACAACGAAACCUCUAAUUUUUUCCACGAUCAGUAUGUCAGAACACGUGACACGAAAUCUCACAAGGUGUCAGAUUUAUCUUAUAUCUCGUCUACUAAUGAUUCGCCUGCAAAUAACGAACAACGCAAUUCGAUAUCGCAUCACUCGUGUGCGUUCGGCCUUGAACGAAUCACUACCGGUUUUUUGUUGACGAUUGCGCACGAUUCUGCACGAAUUAAUUGGAACAAACUCCAAGUCCGACCACUAUACGUAAAUAAUUUUGGCGGGACAGGAACGGACGGUAAUGGAGGAACCCUUAAACAAUUUGUAAAAAACGAUGCGCGGACGUGUGAAUGCAAUAUAUUACGUUCGUGCAACUGCUGCUCCAGUUACGUCAAGAGCGUUACCCGACGGCGUUGUUCAUGAAUGCCAACGUAAACUCAUUUUGAGAACAUUGAAAAAUAACUGAGAGGAUGAAGAGAGUGGGGAGAACGCGACAUGAUUAAGCAAUGCUUGGACAUUGGAAAUGGAUCGUGCGUUUGUUUGUUGAAACUUAGCUUUUUUUUGCGGAUUACUGCUGAGGAAUUGCUUGGAAUUUUUGAUGAAAGAAUUAUUAUACUGUAAUAGGUGAAUUACGCUAUUUAACGAAAUUCAUUAUUUGACUAUAGGGGAUAUAGAAUUUCAUUUUGUAGCAUUAUGUACAGUGGUCGACACUAAGUUCUGGUAGAAAAAGUCUUUGACUGGAGAAAAUUUCAGGAGUUUUAGGACUUUCAGGAGGUUUGGAAUGUAAAUGUUAAGCUAGGUCAGGAUAAGAUAAGUUACAGAAUGAAACAGGGAUGGGUGAUUCAAUAUUUAAGAGGGAAAGCGGAAACAAAAAUAUUUAAAGAAUAAGAUGACAUGGAAGUUGGUUGUAAAAGGAGGAACAAGACCAAAGUACAAUGAAAAGAUACAUGCAAAGCAAUUUAAAUUUAAAGAAUCCUAACUUAUUGUUAGUUUUAUUAAAGAUUUAAGAUAAAGGGAUUUGGAAGGAAAAAUUUCUGUUUGAAACUUUUAGUUUACAAAAAAAAGAACAAGAUUGUAAUACAAUAGAAAAAAAUGUUCAUACGGAAUUUUUAAUCGUAAAGGACUUAAAUGCAAGAUUCUAAUUUAGAUAUACUUAAGAUUCAAGAUGAAAGAAUUUGCAGGGAAAAAUCUCUCUUUUGUCCGUCUCCAUUUUGACACAACGUGAAACGGUGAGAGGAAGAAAAGAUCACGCUGCACGUCGUCGCCGACGAGAAAUCUGGACUCCGAGCGGUAUUCGAGAAGAAUUCCGAAGCAUCGUGGAUACAAAAUCGCUUGACAUUCUGCACAAUAACUUGCGGUAAAAAAAAAAGAAAAAAAACGAAAGAAAUAAAAAGAGAAAAAAAAAAGAAAUAAUUCGGUCCAAAAGGUGAAACACGAUAUAUGGCUUGACACAAUUUCAGACUCGUACAUGUGCUGAUCGUCCGUCGCAGAUUCUGCAGUUUAUUACAAGAUCGAAGAAACGACCAGAGUCCAGAGUCUCGGAGUGUUUUCCCCUCUCUUCUAAUUCCGGCAUAGUCCUUAGCUUAUCGCCGAGUCUAUACUUAUUGCCACUCGUGGCACCUCUCUGAUGCAAGAAGUGUAUCGGAUAAACGGAGAGAGAAAGAGAGAAAGAGAGAGAGAGAGAGAGAGAAAGAGAGAGAGGCGUUCGUUAAGCUUUUUACGAUUUUCACCGGAACGAACGUGGUCCAAUUAAUGCGAUUACUAUGCGCCGGAAGCUUCGCGUUGUCGUAACGGGCACGUUCAAAUUUUAAUUCGAAAAGAGAAUCUUAAUAGCUCUUUGGGAUUUUAACCUCGUGCUUGGUAAAGAACGCUUCGUGUAGCUAAGUGGUCGUUAAAAGAUAGAAAGAUAGAGGAAAGAAAAGGAAAAAGAAAGGGGAUCGAGGGAGGAGAGUGAAGGAUUCAAGGAUAUGACAUGAAAAGCAGCGCGAGAAUAUUCAUGAAAAAAGAGGAUACUAAGGGACCGUUAACUUUAGAAGGAUCUCCCUUUACUAUUCAAAGCAGCUAGGAGGGAAACAUACGCGGGAAAACAACGACAACGUCACGCUUCACUCUUACAUGCAAAUUACAACGUUUCUAAGUUAACUGGAAACUGACGGUGGUCAGAGGGUUGGAAACUUUCAGACACAUAUAUGCGAGCACACUUAAUUGACAAUUAAGCGGGAAAGAAGCGGAGAGGGGGCGACUUUCUCAUUUAGAAUACCCGCAGCGUGGAGCAGAGGAUCUUACGGGAAAACAAUCUCUCCUGCACACGGAACGGACGGUCCCAGUGAAAAAUUCAAUUGCUGGCUUGAAUCACGUCCCUUGAUAAAGAAUCGCCGGAAAGGAAUUUCUGUUCGGGCGCCAGAAGGGUUCCUUUUUAUCCCUCUCCCUCUCCCUCUCUCUCUCUCUCUUUCUCUUUCUCUUUCUUACUCCUCUUUCUUCGACUGCUGAAAGAAUAACCAGCUCCAGUUUCCUUCAUCCGACGAAACGGAUCCACCUAAAAUUUUUAUUGAUAGACCAUCGAGUACCUCUUUGCUCAAAAGAAAAGUAAUCUCGAUCUUGAGGAACGUUUGAAGGAACCAAGAAAGCGAUCAAUCAUUCAGACACUUGUUACGCGGUUCAUCAAAAGGUUAACAACUGUGGCGAGAGAAAGGUCACGAAGAGCUAGAAAGAAACGCAACUAAGUUCGACUUCGAUCUUUUGAGGAAUUAUAGAAAAACUAGCUGUUACGGUGCUGUCCUUGUAUAAUUUAGAAAAAAGGAGAGGAAAAGGAAAGGGCUGUGUCUAGUAACAAGGCUAGUAAUAGACAAGUAGUAAACGGAGUAUAAGACAGUAGUUUAUUAAUUAUCAAACAGCAAAAUUGAAUUGAGCAACAAAUCUAGCGACGAUCGUCAAACAAUUUUAAUAAUAUUAAGAUUCUGUCCAUCGAAGUACUUCCUCUAAUAACAGAACUAACAACAGCUGAAUAGUAAACGAAGUAUAAGACGGUAUUUCAUUAAUUUAGUACGAUAGUCUGUAGAGAAAUUCAGUUGAGCAACAACUCUACAGAACUCGUCGAACAAUUUUAAUAACGUAACGAUCCUGUCGUAGUCGACUAGUAAACGAAAUAUAAGAAACUAUUUCAUUAGUACUUAAUCAACCGUAUACUGGAUAGAGGAAUUGAAUUGUGCAGCAGGUAUAUUGACGCUUGUCGAGGAGUUUUAUUAAGUUAAGGACAGUGUCCGACAAAAGGGACACUUUUUUUCAAAACGGUGGAAAGGAAGUCACGAAACACGGCGAACCACUACGGUAUCCACUACACGGGCUCGUACGCUUAUAGCAACGGAGCACCGAGCGUGUACAAUAGCUAUCCGACGAACGGCGGGUUCGUGCAGUCUCAUCUCCAUGAAGACUAUCGGCCGAUUUACUUUUACGUAGCACAGCCCUAUACUAUCCCGUACACGUUCGCCAAGAGACCGAGGCCAUCGUCGCUGCUGAGGCCUGGCAAACCUCGGAGCAACUGUCGCGUCAAGUUUUCCAAGAGGCUCGGCAACGGCGACUUCUCGCAGAAGGUCAAGCAGGGCGAGUUCUCGAGAAGCCUCAGCCAGGUGCACUUUGUCGAGAACCAGGGGCAAGUGAUCUCAAACUAUCCGAAGACCGGCUUGCCCCGUGAUCCAAGGAUGACGUCGAUGUUCCGAAGGGGCACGAUCUUUGCUACGUUCUUCCUGUCGUUACUGGGCGGUGGGCUGGUUUGUGCCGCUCUGGUGACGCAACAUUGGGUCGAGGCGCGACCCUUAAGAACUCCAAAUCCUCAGGAAAGUGCUGGCAGAGUUCACUUCGGCCUUCUUCAAGGAAAGAAGGAACUAAACGUCGCUUAUGGCUGGAGGACAUAUCACAUCUCUGUACCUCAAAUGAUCAAGCAAGAUCCAACAGUGAUGUCCUGGGGACUGUGGAUCAGCACUCUAACAACAACCUCGGCUGCACUUGUCACCGCUGGCCUGGCUGCUUUACUCGCCGUUUUGAACACAGCCACUUCUCCUAGAUCUAAGAUCCUUUCUGAUCCUGGAGUAUAUUUUAUAAAUAUCUUAACACUACUAAUGUGCAUGGCGAGUACGAGCACUUGGCUGGCGCAGUAUUACACGAAGCUAUACUUCAACGUGCUUCCAAAGGAGGACAUUGAUAAUAUGUGGACCAGCGAAGGUUCUGCCGAGCUUGGUUAUUCAUUUUGGCUGGUUGUUUGUGCUGGUGUGGUGCAUUUAAUCAGCAUAGCAUUGGUAGGCUGGGGCUCAGGACGAGACAAAAUCGAACGUCUGGAGACAAUUCCCGCACUGGAGGAAAAGACCGCCGCGGCAAUAAUGCUGUAUUGAAUCCCAAGGCUCUUGAGACGAGGACUCAAAGACAGAAGAGAUCCAUUACAAAAAUUACACAGAGUGCUGCUCAUAUUUGUUAGCGUGUGUCGAGGCAACAGGAGUCGAUUAAGCAGAGAGCUGGCUACGAUAUUUCUGCUAUUCGAGAAAAGACAAGUUCCUAGAUGUUUGUUAGCAUACUUAGCAUCGUAAUGUGGAAAAAGGGAAGAACAAGCACGUUAACGGCAUUACCACUUAAAUCGUGUUAAAGUUUCAGUGUGAAAUUUGAAGAAUGUUAAAAGAAAACCUUCGAUUUAUAUAAUACAAUUAUUGUCCGAUAUUCGGAUCAUGAAUUUGUUGAAAUAUUUAAGAAUAAAUGAAACGCGAAUUUCAUCGCACAAAAUCUGAACUAAAAUUUCAGUAAACCGACUACAAAAGUGGAAACACGAUUUUUGUAACGAUCUGAUCAGAAUGUAGUUUCCGGCUGAACGCUUUUAUUUAAAAAAAUAUGACCCCGAGCUUUUCAGACCGCUGAAAUUAUCGAGAGUGGAAACUAGGCCAUGUAAUUGAUCGUUUCUACACGGAGUUAUGAGCUUGCACCGUAAUAUUGCGUGAUUCGAAACAUUUUGAACAGUUGAGUACGCGUGUGACAAAGUGUAUAUUAUACAUGAUGAACUAUAUCUAUAUUUUCGUGUAACAAUUUCGAGAAAUAUCAGAUAUAAAUAUAUACGUAUACCUAUGCGACAGUGCAUCGCGAUUUGUUUUAUUAUAAUAAAAGUAUAUUUCGGCUAUCGUCAUUGAAUCACGUCGGUCGACGUCUUCUCUAAAUAUCUUUACUGUUUUUUCUAAUCUUCCUUGCGUUUGAAAUAUCUAGUUUUAUACGCGCAUUUAUUAAUGCUUAAACUUUCUUCCCCCCUUUUUAGAAACUUCUAGCCCUUUUCUUGCGUACAGUAUGAUUAACAAUUAGAACUAUAAGAAGGGUAGUAUAUAUUUCUCGCCGUUUAGGUAAAUGAAACAGAAAAUAGAUAAUAAAUAGUGUGUUCAUGUUUUCUAUCUGUUUGUCGGCAGCGACAAAAAAAGUCAACUUAACGCAAGAUUUCAUGAAUAUUCUGUUCAUUAAGUUUCAUAGGUUGUAAAUAGAAACGGAGUUUGAUACUCUGUAGUGAUUUAUUUAUUACGUAGUAUCUUAAUUAUUAACUAUAUCAUAAAUGUAAUAAAACAAUUAAAAAGACAAUACGGAUAA